CAAAGGUACGUCCCACUGUUGAACUUCUAGAGAAUCAUCUGCGGAUCAGAGUCGUCCCGGACAGUGCUUCGGACCUCUUGAAUAUCCUUAAUACCGUGGGAUCUCGACUACCUUGUGAACGCUAUUAUCACGGACUAUUUGGACGGUGCGCGUUGGAGCAGAGCUGAGCAGAAUGUUGAGUAAAGACCUACCCGACAUAGAGAGCAUCUUGGCUCUGAACCCAAGAGUGAAGACACAUGCCGACGUCAUCUCCACGGCAACCAAGAAGAAAGAGAAGAAACAUUGGAAGAGGAACGCUGAGCAUGGUUGUGAUUCGUGCGUGAAGCUGGAGAACAACUUUGACGACAUCAAACACACGACGCUGAGCGAACGCGGAGCUCUGCGCGAGGCCAUGAGGUGUCUCAAAUGUGUAGACGCCCCCUGUCAGAAGAGUUGUCCCACCAACCUCGACGUAAAGUCAUUUAUUACCAGUAUAUCCAAUAAGAACUACUAUGGGUCGGCCCGAUCCAUCCUCUCUGAUAACCCCCUGGGGCUGACCUGUGGAAUGGUCUGUCCCACCUCGGAGCUGUGCGUCGGGGGCUGCAACCUGUUUGCCUCGGAGGAAGGGCCCAUUAACAUAGGGGGGUUGCAGCAGUUUGCGACAGAGGUGUUCAGCAAGAUGGGAAUCCCACAGAUCCGCAACCCGGAGCUGCCGCCGGCCAAUGAGAUGCCAGAGUCUUACAACGUACCCAUCGCUCUGAUUGGCUGCGGGCCGGCUUCCAUCAGCUGUGCCUCCUUCCUGGCCCGUCUGGGGUACAGCGACCUCACCAUCUUCGAGAAGCAGAAAUACAUCGGAGGCCUGAGCAUGUCAGAGAUCCCGCAGUUCCGUUUGCCCAGUGAGGUCGUCCAGUUUGAGAUCGGCCUCAUGAAGGACCUGGGGGUCAAGGUGGUCUGUGAGCAGGGCCUCGGUGUCGAUGGUUUAACGCUGCAGUCGCUGAAAAACAAGGGCUUCAAGGCUGUCUUCGUCGGGAUUGGUCUGCCCCAGGCCAACAGAGCUAAGAUCUUCAAAGAUUUGACCAUGGACCAAGGCUUCUUCACCUCCAAAGACUUCCUGCCCAUGGUUGCAACAGCCAGCAAGCCAGGUAUGUGCAGCUGCCGCUCCGCCCUCCCUGAGCUGCGGGGCGUGGUCAUCGUCCUGGGCGCCGGGGACACGGCCUUCGACUGCGCCACCUCGGCGCUGCGCUGCGGAGCCCGCCGGGUCUUCGUCUGCUUCCGCAAAGGCUUCACCAACAUCAGGGCGGUGCCCGAGGAGAUGGAGCUGGCGAAGGAGGAGCGCUGUGAGUUCCUGCCCUUCCUGUCGCCGCGCCAGGUGCUGCUGAAGGCGGGCCGCGUGGCGGGGCUGGAGUUCUGCCGCACGGAGCAGAGCGAGGACGGGGAGUGGCUGGAGGACGAGGAGCAGACCGUCCGCCUGAAGGCCGACUACGUCAUCAGCGCCUUCGGCUCCAUGCUCGACGACCCGCAAGUGGCGGAGGCCCUGGCCCCGGUGAAGCUGAACCGCUGGGGGACCCCCGACAUCAGCACGGACACCAUGCAGACCAGCGAGCCCUGGGUGUUCGCGGGCGGAGACAUCGCCGGCCUGGCCAACACCACCGUGGAGUCGGUCAACGACGGCAAGCAGGCCUCCUGGCACAUGCACCGAUACAUCCAGUCUCUCCACGGGCAGGCGGUGAGCGCCGUGCCCAAGCUGCCCCUGUUCUACAGCGCCAUCGACGCCGUGGACAUCAGCGUGGAGGUGUGCGGCAUCCGCUUCCCCAACCCCUUCGGCCUGGCGUCCGCCCCCCCCACCACCAGCUGCGCCAUGAUCCGCCGGGCCUUCGAGCAAGGCUGGGGCUUCGCUCUCACCAAGACCUUUGGACUGGACAAGGACCUGGUGACCAACGUGUCCCCCCGUAUCGUGCGCGGGACCACGUCGGGGCCCCUGUUCGGGCCGGGCCAGAGCUCCUUCCUGAACAUCGAGCUGAUCAGCGAGAAGACGGCGGCCUACUGGUGCCAGGGGGUGACCGAGCUCAAGAAGGACUUCCCAAACAACGUGGUGAUCUCCAGCAUCAUGUGCAGCUUCAACAAGUCCGACUGGACAGAUAUAGCCAAGAUGGCGGAGGCUUCAGGAGCGGACGCGUUGGAGCUGAACCUCUCCUGUCCUCACGGCAUGGGGGAGAGAGGCAUGGGGCUGGCGUGUGGACAGGACCCAGAGCUGGUGCGUAACAUCUGUCGCUGGGUGCGCGCGGCCGUCUCCAUCCCGUUCUUCGCCAAGCUGACGCCAAACGUCACCAACAUCGUGGUCAUCGCCACGGCCGCUAAAGAAGGCGGGGCCAACGGCGUCACGGCCACCAACACGGUGUCGGGCCUCAUGGGGCUGAAGGCGGACGCCUCGCCCUGGCCCAGCGUGGGGGCGGGACAACGCACCACGUACGGGGGGGUGUCCGGCAACGCCAUCAGGCCCAUCGCCCUGAGAGCCGUGUCCGCCAUCAGCAAGGCCCUGCCGGGGUUCCCCGUCCUGGCCACCGGGGGCAUCGACUCAGCUGAGAGCGGACUGCAGUUCCUCCACACUGGAGCCUGUUUACUGCAGGUGUGCAGUGCGAUUCAGAACCAGGAUUUCACUCUGAUUGAGGACUACUGCGUAGGCCUGAAGGCCCUGCUGUACCUGAAGAGUCUGGAGGGUCUGGAUGCGUGGGACGGCCAGUCUCCUCCCACACAGAAGCACCAGAAGGGCAAGCCCAUCCCCAGGGUGGGCGAGCUGGUGGGAAAGAGCCUCCCCAGUUUCGGCUCAUAUCUACAGGAGAAGCAGGACGCCAUCGCGGCGUACAAGAGACAGACUAGAGACAGCGGCGUUGGCGUUGUCACGGAAACCACCGAACCCAAAGUCAACUUAUCCAAGAAGCCGGUUCCUGCUGUCAAGGACGUGAUAGCCAGAGCACUGCGCCACAUCGGAGCGUACCAAGAACUGGACAACAAGGAACAGGUGCUGGCCUUGAUCGACGAGGACAUGUGUAUCAACUGUGGCAAGUGCUACAUGACCUGCAACGACUCAGGAUACCAGGCCAUAACGUUUGAUCCAGAGACCCAUCUUCCCUUCGUCACUGACAGCUGCACUGGUUGCACGCUGUGUCUCAGUGUCUGUCCCAUCAUCGACUGCAUCACCAUGGUUACCAGGACAACGAAAUACGAGCCCAAGCGCGGUGUUCCCAUCAGCCCCAUGUGCUAGGCCAAUCAGAAGAGCUUGAUUUCCGUAAUCUGUAUUACCUCAUAAUUAAAAUAUAUAUAUGAAAUUUGCUAUACACAUAAAAAAAUGCUUUUAUUAGAACAAGCAAGCCAGUUAAGAAGGUCACCUGUUAGUUGGCAUUUGGUGACUGGAAAGGCAACCAAAAAUAAAAAAUAUUAUUAUUAGUUAAAUUUGUAUCCAAUUUGUUGUACUUUCUGAUAACCUGUUGUUUCAGCAUUUAUUCACCAUGAGGUAUUUGUCGAAAUGGAUGAUAUGCAAGAGACGUUGGACAGAGAUGAACAAGAUAAAUCAUAAAUUGCAUUCCUAUGCAUCAUGUUGCUCCCCUUAAAAUGUAGGAUGAUUGUGAUUGGCCUGAUUUUAGAAAAAUGUAAAAUAAAACAUGGUCAGAGCUACAGAAGGGUUCCUCUGACGAGUGUGGUAACAUUUAAAUAUAUUCAAACUUAGCCAUAUUUACCUGUUAAGUUUAGAUGUUUGGCUGUCUCUCACUUUCCUCCGGUAUCUUUGAUUGGGGUUUUACCGUUGGCAUUUCGUGCCUGAACAAAUGAAAAUGUAAAUGUGUUCAAAUGAGCAGCUUCGUUCAACAGGGUUUGAUUU